UACAUACCGCACCAAUUGUAAUUAAUCUUCCACAGCUCACGAUCGAUUCCAAUUCCAACACUAGCUAUAGCUCGCUAGGCUACUGUACACACACUCACCACCAGGUGUGUGAACAAGUGUGUAGUAGUGCAAGCUACUACGCGUCACCUAGCUAAAUAAGCUAGUUAUACGAGCUUGGUUGCGGCGGCGCCAAUGGCGAUCGUCGACUUGGCCAACGCCCAGCUGCAGCAAGCAGGAGCAGGAGCAGCAGCAGCCACGAUGAGAGAGGACGACGACGGCCAUGACCAUGAGCAGGAGUCCUCCUACGACUACGGCGCCUGCCUGAUGAAAGGCGUCAGGCACCUCUCCGACAGCGGCAUUACCAGGCUGCCCGACAGGUACGUCCUGCCCGCGUCCGACCGCCCCGGCGCCGCCACCGUCCUUAUUUCCCCCUCGUCGACGAUCCCGGCGGCGGCAGGCGUCGCCGUCGGCAGGGUCAAGCUCCCUGUCGUCGACCUCGCCGGCCUCCGCGACCCCUCCCACCGCUCCGCCGUCCUGGCCACCCUCGACGCCGCCUGCCGCGACUACGGCUUCUUUCAGGUGGUGAACCACGGGUUCGGGAGCGAGGUGAGCGGCGGGAUGCUGGACGUGGCGCGGCGGUUCUUCGAGCUGCCGCUGCCGGAGCGGGCGCGGCACAUGUCGGCGGACGUGCGUGCGCCGGUGCGGUACGGGACCAGCUUCAACCAGGCCAAGGACGCCGUGCUCUGCUGGCGGGACUUCCUCAAGCUCGUCUGCCAGCCGCUGCGCGAGGUGGUCCCGCGGUGGCCGCAGCAGCCGCCGGACCUCAGGGACGUCGCCACCAGGUACGCCACGGCGAGCCACGCGCUGUUCAUGGAGGUCAUGGCCGCGGCGCUGGAGGCCCUGGGCAUCCCCGCCGGCGGAGGCGUGCUCGGGGAGCUGGCGGCGGCGUCGUCGCACAUGAUGACGGUGAACUGCUACCCGGCGUGCCCGCAGCCGGACCUCACGCUGGGGAUGCCGCCGCACUCGGACUACGGCCUCUUCACCUUCGUCCUGCAGGACCACGUGGAGGGGCUUCAGGUCAUGCACGACGGCCGCUGGCUCACCGUCGACCCCGUCCCGGGAUCCUUCGUCGUCAACGUCGGCGACCACCUAGAGAUCUACAGCAACGGGCGGUACAAGAGCGUGCUGCACCGGGUGCGCGUGAACUCGACGCGGCCGCGGAUCUCGGUGGCGUCGUUCCACAGCUUGCCGGCGGAGAGGGUGAUCGGGCCGGCGCCGGAGCUGGUGGACGAACAGGCCGGCAACCCGCGGCGGUACAUGGACACCGACUUCGCCACGUUCCUCGCCUACCUCGCGUCCGCCGACGGCAAGAACAAGACCUUCCUCCAGUCAAGGAAGCUGCCAGUGCCAGCUGCUGCUGCAUGCGUCUAGCUAGCAGCUGCACCAUGCAGAGUUUUCGUCGUCGUCGUUGUUGCUUAUUAAUCUCAUGACAGAAUAAAAUUAAUUAACUAGUUCAGCGCACAGUGCACAAGCCUGCUGUGGACUUGUUUUAAUUAGUUCUGCCCUUGAUUGUAUUCAAGGUCAACGCGUGCAUACAAGCUAAGCCUUGACCGGUCAGAUCGUUCCAUCGAUCGAUUGCAUUGCAUCGCGUCGUAGUAUGAUCGAUGUAUUCCAGCGUCCGUUUGACUUGCA